GUUAGGUUACUGGAAUUGUAAAGAAAAUUUUGUAAUUUAGAUAGUGUGCUAUGUGAAUAAUGGACAAAUCAAGCAGCACUGCUAAAAUAUAGGCUACCAACGUCAGAAUGGAUAAUCAACAAGGCGGUAGCAUAGUAAUAUACUAGAAAGCCUUGAAACAAACAACAUGUCUGAAGAAGAAGAACAUUGCAAUAAUUGCAAGAAAAGUAUCCCUUCCACCAACUUUGUUGUGCAUGAAGCAGGCUGUAAGAGACGCACAAAAGGCAAUGGACAUGUUCAAAGAUCUGCAGAGGAAAAAAAGGUUGUUUGUGAUCUCAGUAAAAUGAAAGUAGAAAAUAAUGUAUUAGAGCAUCAUAAGGCAGCCGAAUGUAUGAGCAAACCUAAAAAUGAUGCCUUCUGUGAACUGCAGGUGCCCCAGUGUGAUUUGCCAGAUCAUGAAAGGAGGACAGAAUCAUCUUACAUACAGAACGAUUCGGAUAAUCAAUCUGUGGGUGCUUCAAGUCUCGACAAACACGGAGACGAAUUAAGAAAUAAUACGCCUGACAGAACACGUAAAAAUACAACAAACAGGAAGUCUGAAGUCAACAGACAGAAUGAUGACUAUCUGUUGUCUGUAGAUACAGUACCAGUAAUUCCUGAAAGUAGUUCAGAAAAGUCAAGUGAGAGCCCACAGGAUUAUGAAAUAGUAAAACAGGUUCAGAAAGCGGUUUCUCGAGGUAAAGACGAAAUUGACUUCAAAAGAAAAAAAUACAUAGGACACAUGCCGUGGGAAUUAAAAUACGGAUAUAAAGAUGCUGUGAUAUUAUGUAGUGAAAAUGACUUGCCCGAGGUAGAGAAAUUCAAAAAAUGUCUUGAAACCAAAAUUGUACUGCAUGGAGGAGAGAGACCGAAAAUAGCACUUUUACAUGAGAUAGAGGUAACCCAGAGAAAUAAGUUCAAAGCGUUAGAAUUUGCUCUGGAUCGAUGUACAUUUGUGUUCCUUUUUAUAACUUCUAGUUUCGUUACCGAUGAAUGGGCUAGAUUUUCUAGCCAGACCAGUCUCAUGGAAUCCAUUGAAAAUUAUGACAAAAGCUGGUCCGUGGUUCCUGUUUUAACAGAUAAUCGAGGAAACAAAUAUAAAAAACCAAUAAUUAUUAAUACAUUAAAAGGUGUGACAUAUUGUUCAGGCAAUGAUCUCUAUGUAGAAUCUAUUAGAAAGCUGUUUGAGGAUCGAAUAUCCGUGAGAAAGGAAAGAGAACGUGAGGAAGGGACGAUGCAGAGAGCGUGGUUAUUUCAGUAUGAAAAGGAUAUGCACGAGAAAGAGAUCAGAGAAAAACAGGAGCAGUUGAAGGAUAGAGCAAGAUUAGAAGAGCUAAAGCAACAUAAAGCUACCUUAGAUCAUAGUUUGUCCAUGCCAGUUAUUGCUCCUUCUUCAGAUUUAGUUCCCGAAGGUGCUUCCCGCUAUCAACGUUCAAAAAGUUUUAUGGGUCCCAAUUCCACUGACCAAAUGCUUUUAGAAUCGUUUGUACAAGGUUCCGAGGUUAGUCCACAAUUUACGUGUGUUAGACCUGCAGCAGAACAUACAGAACCAGCUUCGGGCAAAUUAGAAGAGUUAUUAAAACAAAAAUCCACCCUUGUUUGUAAUCCGGCUUCUUCAAAAGAUGACAAAUUUCCUGUUGAAUCGGCCGCAUCUAUUGAGUAUGAAAGUUUUGCCGCCGAUGAAGAAAAGGAUGAGAAUGCAAAUGUAACAGAGGAUAGUCCAACAGCCUCUGGUGCAGGUAGUUCUGGAUGUAGUAAAAUGAAUGACAAAAAGGUUUUACAAUACGUUCAGACGAUACAUCACCAUCAUCAUCAUGGGGUUAAAAAUUAUAACGUGAAAGCUGACAUCGUUCAGCUUGGACAAACCAAUAAUGUGGUCAUGAAGAGGAGGGUUGAGAGUUACAGUGAAAAUCAACAGUAUAGUGAGGAAAUGGAUGAUGAAGAAGAUGAUAGAACAGAUGAAGAGGAAAGUUCAUAAGAUGAUGAUUUGAUAGAAAAAGAGGAAAAGUCGGAUUCCUAGAACUUUCACAAGUUGUCCACUUCUACUGAACUGUGCUUCUUGCUUGUCGUUGUUAGUGCCUUCUAGACUGACAGGAAAAGUGUGUCUAGUUGUUGGGAUGGGAUGAAAAAUUGAUGUCCCAUGUACAAUUGGUAUGUAAAAGAUUCAUUGGAUCUUGGAAUUCAAAGACGGAAACUCUCACAUUACAAACAUAACCAUAAAAAUAAAAUUGUGUUAGUCUCAAAAUGACCUGAUCUACAAGACGUAAAACCCCAUUCAGCUAAACUAAAACAUCAGAUAUAAUCUAGUUUAUGCUUUAGUUUAUUCAUUAUUCAAAGAGGUUCUACCCCUUGUAUGCUUGUGAUAUUCAAUGCAUAAAAUAGUUGAAGGGUGUAGAUAUUUUUAUUUUAAAAUAGUUAUUAAAAAUGAAUUGAAUAGAGAUUAUAAUUAAUGUCUUUUGAUAGUUUCUUUUAUCUCUAAAUUUUUAAAAUGACAAUAAGCUUGUCAUUUGGAAUAAAUGCUGUCAUUCAUCGUUGUUUCAUCACACUAAUUAAGUUCUGGUUAUGAUUUGCUGUAUCGCUGAUUACAUAUACAGCGGUCAUUGUUAUGAUUGAUGAUUUGCUGUAACACUGAUUACAUAUACAGCUGUCCUUGUUAUGAUUUGUGUAAAUUAUUUGAAACUUUGGUUAAUCUACUUAAUUAUUUUGUUAGGUAUUGGCUAGCAAGGUAGGUGAUAUGGUUGGUUAACAACUGCUGGGACAUUUUGCCUUAUUUACUUGAAUAAUUGCCAAUAUUCCAUGUUUUGACAACAAAUGAACAAAUGUUACACGUUCCAUUGAAUGGACAUGUUUUGGUCACAGAUUUACAUCCUUUUGACCUUAAAACACACUCUUCAUGAGUAGAAAUAAACAAGUGUUUAAUUGUAAGUUUGACCUGAUUUCAUUACAUUUGGGUUUUUUUCCACAUUCUAUAGCCAAUAAAAUUGGUAAAUUAAAAAAAAAAUAUUCAUAAUAUAUCAUACUUAAUACGCAUCAAAUAUGCUAUGAUAUAUAUUGUUGAGAUUUCUUGAUUACAUGUUCCCUGUGUUUGUGUAUUAACCAACGUCUUGGUUACAUUUUCUGUGUAUUUUUGUAUUAAACAACAUAUUGAUUAUGUUUCAUCUUGAUUACAUGUUUAUUAAACAUAUUGAUUAUGUUUCAACUUGAUUGCAUGUUUAUUAAACAUAUUAUGUUUCAUCUUGAUUGCAUGUUUAUUAAACAUAUUGAUUAUGGUUUUUUUAUAAACAAUAUUUUAUUCAGUUUGUCAGUAUGAGAUUGGGGAACAGGCUUAGCCUAUGUAAAACCCCUCUCUCUAGAUAAUAUACAUACAUGAUAUUAAAACAAAGGAACAAAAUGGGUGUAUAUACACAGUUAAAAUGGCAAACACAUACAUAAAUAUAUGUAAAAUACAUAUAUCAUGAGACAGAUGGCAAUGUACAAUAUAUAUUAUAGGUUACAUCAUCACGUAAAUUUGAAACUAAUAUUGUAAAUUAAAACAAUUAAUAAGCAAGAUUAAAAUCUGUUUGACAUGUCAGUAAACCUGUGGACUUGAUUAAAAAUAUUGUUGUUUACAUCUGUAUAGUGUUUUGUGGACCCGAACAAGAGAUAGUUAAUGUUUUUAUGAUCGUGUUGUAAUUUGUCUAUAGUUUCCUUUCGUGCAUUUGAAUGUAAGGAGCAUUGCAAGAGGUAGUGAUGAGGAUCUUCAAAAAUGUGACCACAGAGGCAUGAUUAUGUUUCAUCUUGAUUACAUGUUUAUUAAACACAUUGAUUAUGUUUCAACUUGAUUGCAUGUUAAUUAAACAUAUUGAUUAUGUUUUAUCUUGAUUACAUGUUUAUUAAACACAUUGAUUAAGUUUCAUCUUGAUUACAUGUUUAUUAAACUUAUUGAUUAUGUUUCAUCUUGAUUACAUGACGUUUAUUAAACAUAUUGAUUAUGUUUCAUCUUGAUUACAUGUUUAUUAAACAUAUUGAUUAUGUUUCAUCUUGAUUACAUGUUUAUUAAACAUAUUGAUUAUG